CGGCCUGCGGGACGGACGGAGGGUGGGAGCCGGGUUGCCACUGAGUGCCGCCAUAUUAGCGACCGCGGAGGCCGGGGGAUUCCGGUGAGCGGCGGCGGCGGGGCCUGGAGCAGCGGCGGGGCCUCAAGCGGACGCAGCGUGUUCCUGGGACCGGCAGGAACCGGCGGGAACCGGCUGGCGACGGGAGCGAGGCAGGUUUCCCUCGGCUGCGGGCCCCGCCCCGCCCGCCAUGGACCAGGACUAUGAGCGCAGGCUCCUGCGACAGAUCAUCAUCCAGAAUGAGAACACAGUGCCAUGUGUCUCAGAGAUGCGGAGGACUUUGACACCAGCCAACUCCCCAGUGUCCUCGCCCAGCAAACAUGGUGACCGCUUCAUCCCCUCGCGGGCCGGGGCCAACUGGAGCGUGAACUUCCACAGGAUCAAUGAAAAUGAGAAGUCCCCUAGCCAGAACCGUAAAGCCAAGGAUGCAACCUCAGACAAUGGCAAAGAUGGCCUGGCCUACUCCGCGCUGCUGAAAAAUGAGCUGCUGGGCGCAGGCAUCGAGAAGGUGCAGGAUCCGCAGACGGAGGAUCGGCGCCUGCAGCCGUCCACUCCCGAGCACAAGGGCCUUUUCACGUAUUCCCUCAGCAGCAAGCGCUCAAGUCCUGAUGACGGCAACGACGUGUCCCCGUACUCCUUGUCCCCUGUUAGCAACAAAAGUCAAAAGCUGCUGCGGUCGCCACGGAAGCCCACACGCAAGAUCUCUAAGAUUCCCUUCAAGGUGCUGGACGCGCCGGAGCUUCAGGACGACUUCUACCUCAACCUGGUGGACUGGUCCUCCCUCAAUGUUCUCAGCGUGGGGCUGGGCACCUGUGUGUACCUGUGGAGCGCGUGCACCAGCCAGGUGACCCGGCUCUGUGACCUCUCUGUGGAAGGGGACUCAGUCACUUCUGUGGGCUGGUCUGAGCGGGGAAACCUUGUUGCAGUGGGCACACACAAGGGCUUCGUGCAGAUCUGGGACGCUGCCGCUGGGAAGAAGCUGUCCAUGCUGGAGGGCCACACGGCGAGAGUGGGGGCGCUGGCCUGGAACGCAGACCAGUUGUCAUCUGGCAGCCGUGACCGAAUGAUCCUACAACGAGAUGUCCGCACGCCCCCACUGCAGUCAGAGAGGCGGCUGCAGGGCCACCGGCAGGAAGUGUGUGGACUCAAGUGGUCCACAGACCACCAGCUGCUCGCCUCCGGGGGCAAUGACAACAAGCUGCUUGUGUGGAACCAUUCAAGUCUGAGCCCCGUGCAGCAGUACACGGAGCACCUGGCAGCUGUAAAGGCCAUCGCCUGGUCCCCACACCAGCAUGGACUGCUGGCAUCUGGUGGUGGCACGGCUGACCGCUGCAUUCGCUUCUGGAACACUCUGACCGGCCAGCCAUUGCAGUGCAUUGACACAGGCUCACAAGUGUGCAACCUGGCCUGGUCUAAGCAUGCCAAUGAGCUGGUGAGCACACAUGGCUACUCGCAGAACCAGAUCCUCGUGUGGAAGUACCCGUCCCUUACACAGGUUGCUAAGCUCACUGGCCACUCGUAUCGCGUCCUCUACCUGGCCAUGUCACCUGAUGGGGAGGCCAUCGUCACAGGGGCUGGGGAUGAGACCUUGCGGUUCUGGAAUGUCUUCAGUAAGACGCGCUCUACAAAGGAAUCUGUGUCUGUGCUCAACCUCUUCACCCGGAUCCGAUAGACCCGCGGGCGGGAUGCGCAGCCCCAAGGGGCAGAAAUGGAUCAGCCAGCAUGCAUGGGCCCUGCUGUUCCCGCCGUCCCCAGAGGCAUCUGGCGGGCGGGAGCCGGGCCGGAGACCCCGAGUCUCAUUAAAUGCCUCGUUGUGAGCUGUGGAGCAGGUGUCUGGGACGGGGACACGGGGACCCUCAGCCUCCGGCUGCAUCCUCUUGCUACCUGACAGCACCCAGAUGGACACAAGGCCUCCCUGUUACCACUGCCCAAGCCAGACUGGACACAGCUGAACAGGAAGCCCAAGAUCCCAUCACACCCCUAAACCCAGUGUCAUUGGGGACCUGUGGACCAGAGCCAUCCUCCCUGCAGCCACUCCAGUGUCACCCAAGCUGGAACAUCCUGGGAGGCGCUGGCAGGGACCUGCGCCUCUUGCCUUGUGACACUCUGAUUGCGUUGCGAUCCUAUGUCUGUGUGUGCGCCUCCUGUAACCCUUCCUGUGCGUGUCACCUUGCCCUCUUCCCAGCCAGCCACCUCAUCUGCCUCGUCCACCUCCUCUUGGCCUUCCUCCCUGUCUUCAGAUCCCAUCUCUGCUGCCCAUCCUUUCCUGGGGACACCCUGUGGAUCCCCAGUGUGAUGGCCAUGGCCUGUGGUGUGUGCACGUGUGUGUAUAUAUGUAUUUGUGACGCCUUGGGAUCUGUCUGUGUGUUUUGUUGCCUUAUCCCAAAAAUGCUGAUGGCUGGAGAAGCCACUGACUAUUGGGACACAGGUCACCAUGGGGUCCACUGCCUGUAGGGUUGGCUGGGGGUGUUGCAGCCUAGUGUCAGGGUCUUGUGGUUGGGAUUUUUUUUUUUAAGUCACUUUACAGUCUGAUCCCAGCCCCUACUCCUCCUUGCAGUCCAGUCUCAUGCCCACUCUGGUACUUC